GUAUCAGAUUGAGAUCUAUUCUUGUUGGCGAAGUCUACUCGAAAGCUCUUAGAAGAAGACUUGCUGUGAAGGAAAAGUCUGCCGAAAAAAGCGACGGUGAGGAAGAAUCAGGAGACGAAAACAAAGAAGAUGAGCCGGCUGUCAAAGACAUGGGUGGUAUCAUCAACCUCAUGGCUGUUGAUGCUUUCAAAGUCUCUGAGAUUGCAGGUUAUUUGCAUUUCUUUACCAGUUCUACCAUCACCUCCGUCUUGGCUGUGGUCUUGCUUUAUAAGCUAUUGGGCUGGUCCUCUUUAGUCGGAACUGUCUCCUUGCUUGCCCUAAUGCCUUUGACUUACAGAAUCACCACCACCUUAGCAGGAUACCAGAAAAAGAUGUUGGAGGUUACUGACAAACGGAUUCAAAAGAUCAAUGAGACGUUCCAGAACAUUAGAGUCAUCAAAUACUUUGGCUGGGAAGAAAAGUUUGCUGAUACCAUCAUUGGCAUUAGAAACGAAGAAUUGCGCUUUUUGCUGCUCAGAUGUUACGCGUGGACCUGUUCUGCAUUCCUUUGGUGUGUUGCUCCAUCUAUUGUGUCUUUGGUCACAUUCUAUUUCUUCACUGUCUGGCAAGGUGAAAGCUUGACCACACCUAUUGCUUUCACUUCUCUGUCUCUAUUCAAUCUUUUAAGAACUCCAUUGGAUCAAUUGGCCGAGAUGAUGUCAUUUGUUAUUCAAUCCAAGGUUUCUCUGGACAGAAUUGAACAGUUCUUGGACGAGCCAGAAACUGAGAAGUACGACCAAUUGACGUACCCUCGUGGACCAGACUCGCCAUUGGUUGGUUUCGAGAAUGCCACUUUCUACUGGUCCAAGAACUCCAAAAACGAGUUUGCAUUAAGAGAUCUCAACAUUGACUUCAAGGUUGGCAAACUUAACGUGAUUGUUGGACCUACAGGUUCCGGAAAGACCUCUUUGUUGUUGGCCCUUUUGGGAGAAAUGGAUCUUGAUAAGGGACAUGUUUUCCUUCCUGGAGCCUCUGCAAGAGAAGAGUUAAUUCCUAACCCAGUUACUGGUUUGGUGGAGUCUGUUGCUUAUUGUGCACAGACUGCUUGGUUGCUCAAUGCUACUAUCAAGGAAAAUAUUUUGUUUGCAUCUCCAUUCAACCAGGAAAGAUACGACGCAGUCAUCUAUGCUUGUGGUUUGGCUAGAGAUUUAGAAAUUCUUGAGGCUGGUGACGAGACUGAGAUUGGUGAAAAGGGUAUUACUCUUUCUGGAGGUCAAAAACAACGUGUUUCCUUGGCAAGAGCUUUGUACUCUUCAUCGUCUUACCUUUUGUUGGAUGACUGUCUUUCUGCUGUGGACUCUCACACUGCUGUUCACAUUUAUGACAAUUGUAUCAACGGUGAGUUGAUGAAGGGCAGAACUUGUUUGUUAGUGUCUCAUAAUGUUGCAUUGACCAUCAAGGAGGCUGAUCACGUUGUUGUUCUUGACAACGGUCGUGUUAAGGCCCAAGGAUCUGUUGACAAAUUGAUUGAGGAUGGUGUUCUUGCUGAGGAUACCAUCAAGAGUGUUCUAGUCUCAAGAAGUGUCUCAACUGCUAAUCUCGACGAGCUUGCUGACAAGCAAGAUGUGAAACAGACGUUGAAAUCUGCUGGUCAAGCUCUUGUGAACGCUUCAAACGCAGACGUUAAAGACCCUGACAAGAAACAAGGAAAGUCAAAGCUGGUUGAAGAAGAGACCAAGUCUGACGGUGCUGUCAAGAAAGAGGUGUACUAUGCCUACUUCAAGCACUUUGGGUCCAUUCCAUUCUGGAUCAUCCUGAUCUUUUCUUUCGGAGCUACUCAAGGAGUUUUCGUUGAACAGUCUUACUGGCUGAGACUUUGGGCUGCCCGCGAGGACGAAAAGGUUGGCGUUUCUAUGAAUGCUGUCUCCCACGCGGUUGGAUACAUCACCUCCGGUGCUGCUUGGCAAGACUCUGUUGCAUUUUUCCGCAACUGGAGCUCGAGCCCAUACUUGACCACAUCUGUGUUACAACCAAUUGCUUCCAGCGCAGAGGAACAUGGAACGAUGUUCUAUAUUGCAAUUUAUGCUGCUAUUGGGUUCUUGUACGCAGGUUUCAUUGUGUUCCGCUUGCUUCUGUGUUUCUACGGUGGUAUCAACGUUUCUAAGAAGAUGUUUGGGGAGCUGCUCAACAAGGUGUUGCAUGCAAGACUGAGAUUCUUUGAUCAGACACCAAUUGGACGUAUCAUGAACAGAUUCUCGAAAGACAUCGAAGGAAUUGAUCAAGAAUUGGCACCAUGCGCUGACUCAUUCCUGGACUGCUUGAUUUCGUGUUUGACUAUUCUUGUAAUGAUUUGUGUGGUCACGCCAGGAUUCAUCUUUGCAGCUUUGAUCAUCUUUGCGCUGUACGUUGCUGUCGGUGCGUUGUAUCUGACUUUGUCGAGAGACUUGAAACGGUUCGAGUCGAUCACAAAGUCUCCUAUACAUCAACACUUUUCGGAGACUUUGGCUGGUAUGACCACCAUCAGAGCAUAUGGAGAGGAAAGACGGUUCCUGAGACAGAACCUGGACAAAAUCGAUGCAAACAACAGACCUUUCUGGUAUGUUUGGGUCAACAACAGAUGGCUUGCAUACAGAGCAGACAUCAUUGGUGCAUUCAUUUCGUUCUUUGCAGCAGUGUUUGCUGUUGCUUUUGCGUACACAUUGGAUGCCGGAUUGGCUGGUAUUUCUCUUUCGUUUGCUGUCUCGUUCCGUCAGAGUGCCCUUUGGCUUGUCAGAAUGUACUCCUAUGUUGAGAUCAACAUGAACUCUGUUGAGAGAGUGCAGGAGUACAUUGAGGGAACACCACAGGAGCCAGCCAAGGUUCUUCCGCAAGACCCAGUCAACUCGUGGCCUUCUGAGGGUGUUAUUGAUGUCAAGAACAUUUCUAUUAGAUACGCUCCAGAUCUGCCAAGGGUGAUUGACGAUGUUUCUUUCCAUGUGAACGCUGGUGAGAAGAUCGGUGUUGUUGGACGCACGGGAGCAGGAAAGUCCACCAUUAUCACGAGUUUCUUCAGAUUUGUUGAUCUUGACGACGGAAGCAUCACCAUUGACGGGCUGGACAUCUCGAAGAUCGGACUCAAGGCCCUGAGACAGGGUCUGGCGAUCAUUCCGCAGGACCCAACACUGUUCACGGGAACCAUCCGGUCGAACCUGGACAUGUUCCAGGAGUACUCUGACCUGGAGAUGUUUGAGUCCUUGCGCCGGGUGAAUUUGAUUUCCGGAUUGGACUUCCAGCGGAUUGUGAACUGUAACGGGGCCCCUGUGGAGGACGAGGCUGCUGCCACGGAGGAGAACGCCAACAAGUUCCUGGACCUUGAUUCUGCGGUGACGGAGGGCGGUGCCAACUUGUCACAAGGAGAGAGACAGCUGCUGUGUCUUGCAAGAUCGAUCCUGAAGACUCCAAAGAUCUUGAUGCUGGACGAGGCCACCGCUUCGAUUGACUACGAGUCGGACGCCAAGAUCCAGACCACCAUCAGGGAGGAGUUCUUGGCCAGCACGAUUCUCACCAUUGCACACCGUCUCAAGACGAUCAUCGACUACGACAAGAUCCUGGUCUUGGACCACGGCAAGGUGAAGGAGUUCGACCAUCCGUACAAGCUGAUCACCGACAAGAAGUCCGAUUUCCGCAAGAUGUGUCAGGACACGGGAGAGUUUGACGAGCUGCCCGUCGCUGAGGGUGUCCUGGACCGGGUACAGCGUGUAGUGGCCCCAAUGCGGCGCCCAAACGAAGGUGUAGGCCCAGUAGAGCACGCAGAGCAGCAGGAUGCUGACUGCGGUAAAGAAGUACGACACGUUGACGAUGAGCAGGGCGAGCGGGCCGGCUAUGGCGAGCGUCCUGACCGGGUCCUUGAUCUCGUUUGUGACGAUGUGCGCGGUGUGCCAGCCGCCAAACGAGAAGGUGGCCUUGAGAAUGGCCGAGAUGAACGAGGCCAGCGUGAUCUCGCGUUUCUGCUUGAAGAAGUCGUGCCAGUGCAGGUUGCUGGUCACGCCGGUGACGCUCGUGGGCAGAACCAGCACGUAAACGCCCGUCAGCGACAUGAUGGCCAGCAGCACCAGCUUGAGUGCUCCUGUGAUAUUGGACACCCGUACACCAGCGUUCGUGGAGACGCCAACAACAACGCAGCACAGCACCACGUACACACAGCCGAUGUACUUGGGGGCCAUGCCGUUGACGUCGUCCCAGCCGAGCGAGUAGAGCGUGUACUCGCCGAAAAUGAUGGCGUUGGUGAUGGUGAAGCCGAACGCGAUCGAGUACGUGUUGUACAGCACGCUCAUGAGCAUCCGCGGCUUGUAGUAGAUGUAUUCGAGGAACACCUUCAUUCCGCCGCUGCGCGGGAUGAUCUUCCCAAGCUCCAGGAAACAGAACAGCCCGGCAAAACUGACAUAUCCUGCUAUCAGCCAGACUGCAAAGAACAGUGCGGGCGAGCCUCCAAGGUCUCUAUAGAUCAAUGCGGGCACAGCGAAGAUGCCCGACCCGAUGAUACGCUGGAGGAUCAUCAUCACCAUGGCGAACACGCCCAGAUGGCGGCCGUGGGGCGUUGUUUCUGGUUCCUGGAGAUAGUUCAUCUGGUCGAUCAUCUGCUGCUGGAGGUCCAGCUCCGAGUCCAGCGACAGCACCACAGACGCUGUAUCUGUGACCACGGUGGGGGCGGUCGGCGGGCUAUCAUGUGGAAAGCCGAGGUGUUGGAACGGCUUGUUUUCGACGAGAACCAAAUGAUCAAGGCGUAUACCAAGUUUCCGUCCAUUGCAUUGAAAUAUUACCCGAACGCGAGGUACUGCAAGAAACUCCAGCUCGGGUUCUCGUCCCACGAGGACUUUGACCAGUGUGUCCGGCUGUUGGAGACACAUAACAUCCCUACACAGACCCAGGAAAAGGGGGCCAGCCAGUUGCGGUCACAGGUGGAUUUCGGCAGCCAGAUGCCGUUUUCGCAGAGCUCGCAGCUGGAAAAGCCCAAGAAGGACCAGUACAAGUCCAACAUGGUGGACACGUGGUCGCAGAAACAGGAUACAACUGGGGCCGUGGAACCGGUGUCGAAUCUGGCCGACGUGGAUAUUGGGCCGAACUUCGAUUUCCUCAACUCGGUCAACUAUGCUUCGUUCCAGGAAGAAGAAACUUCUAACGACACAAACACGUCGCUAUCGUUGAACAACACGACGCUCGAAAUGGCCAAUGUCAGCACAUCGACCAGUGUCUCGUGCGUGGAUUUCUGCGGUUUGAGCGAUAAAGAGCUGGGGUUGUACGUGCUCGGGAAAUUAAAAGAGGAGAAUUUUAAUUAUAUGCUAUACAAAUUGGAUAGGAUCAUCAAGAAAUAG